AGGGUAUCAAAAGAUGGGACCCACUUAUCCAACGCUUUUCCACACAUUCGAACCAGAGCUAAACUCUAAUCUAUGAAAUAACUUGUAAUAUAGCAUCAGUUCAGUACGACAAUGGCAAAAGUGUAGCAAUUUUGAAAAGCUCAAUGGCUGCAACUUAUUACAACCUGCAAAGUCCGAAAACUUUCCCAAAUCUUCUUAGGAACCUACCUUCCAUUCCUUCCAGUCAUGUCUCACUGUUGGGUUCAUUGGACUAUCCGUUUCAUUGUUCCACUAGAAGAGGGUACCAUGUUGAGGCCAAUGCUAAGAAGAAGAAUCCUUGGUUAGACCCUUUUGAUGAUGGGGAUGACCCUGAGAUGGAGAGUGGUUCCUUGUUUGCAAACGGGUUGCAGGAGGAGGAUCCUAGGCCACCAGAUGACCCUGACAACCCUUAUGGAUUUUUGAAGUUCCCUUCUGGAUAUGCUGUGGAGGUAGCGUCCCUUGCAUUGAAAGUGAGAGGGGAUGUGAGGAGAUGCUGUUGUGUGAUACCUGGUGGGGUUUAUGAGAAUCUCUUGUUCUUUCCAGCAAUUCAGCUGAUAAAGAACAGGUAUCCUGGUGUUCAGAUUGAUGUGGUGGCGACCGAGAGGGGGAAGCAGACCUAUGAAAUGAAUAAGAAUGUUAGGUGGGCAAAUGUCUAUGACCCUGAAGAUGAUUUUCCAGAGCCUGCUGAGUAUGCUGAUAUGAUUGGAGUUCUAAAGAAUAGGUACUAUGACAUGGUCCUAAGCACCAAAUUGGCAGGCCUCGGCCAUGCAGCAUUUUUGUUUAUGACAACCGCCAGAGAUAGAGUUAGCUACGUGUACCCAAAUGUGAAUGCUGCAGGAGCCGGAUUACUUUUAUCUGAAACAUUUGUACCAGAUAGUUUAAAUCUCUCAGAUGGAGGGUAUCAUAUGUAUCAUCAGAUGGUUGACUGGCUGGGAAAACCAUUUCGAGACCUUCCACAACAAGUAGUGCCACCCCUCAGGGUGUCAAUCUCAAGGAAGCUGAAGGAGGUUGUGGAGGCAAAAUACGAAAAAGCAGGUGUGAAAAAAGGAAAGUAUGUUGUAAUUCACGGGAUAAAAUCAGAUUCACAGGCAUCUAUGCAGUCUAGGGGUGAUCCUGAUAGCUUGCUACCCAUUGAAGUGUGGGCUGAAAUUGCUGACGUUAUAAGGGAUGUUACGCCACUUUUUGUCAUUCCUCAUGAAAAGGAAAGGGAAAAUGUGGAGGAAAACUUCGAUGAAGAUGCUUCUAUUGUCUUCAUCGCCACCCCUGGACAGCUGGCUGCUCUUAUUAAUGACUCAGCUGGAGUGAUAGCUACAAACACAGCUGCCAUUCAACUUGCAAGUGCACGCGACAAACCUUGUAUUGCACUAUUUUGCUCUGAAGAGAUGGGAAACAAGUUUGUUCCGCAGGCUGAAGAGAAGAAAUGCACCAUAAUAUCAUCCAAGACAGGAAAGUUAAUAGAUAUUGAUGUUGAGGCCAUAAAAACCGCAGUUCAAACAUUCAAUUUGGCUCCAGUUUUAGUAUAGUGAAAGAGAAAAAGGGGAGUGUUUGUACUUCUGGUUAAGGGAUUAUAUUAACUGUUUUUUUUAAUUAAUAAAGACAAAUGUAUAUCUACAUA